AAGCUACCCUGCUUCCUUUAAACGCCUUCCUCAGUCAGUUCUUAAGUGCCUUUCAGUAUAGCCUUUAGGAGUGUAGGCUCUGGGCUGCAAUCUUGGUUCCUCCUAUUUGCUGUGCAACCCUGGCAAGUUACUUAACAUGCCUGGGAGAAAUACGGAGCAAUGUAUAUGAGAAAAACUGAGGUCAGAAAAACUGAUAGACCAUUUUAGAGGUGCAAGUAUCCUGAUGUUCAGGAUAUACAAAUUAAAAAAAAUCACUGAAAUGGUUGAAAUAGAAAGAACAGAAUACCAACAGAUGGUGAAGAUAUGGAGCAAUGGAGAUUCUCAGACACUGCUGAUGUGAUUGUUAAUUUGUAUAACCGCUUUGGCUUCCCUUCAAGGUAGGAAAAAGAUCCCAAUUUCACUUACCAUAUUAUGGCCCACAUCCUCACCUGGACUCUGUGCUGCACAGGAGCAUUGCAAGUAAUCUACAUUUUAAGAAGGUCACUUGGCAGCAGCAUAUCAAGAGUGGAUUCCCCAGGAACAAGGGAGGAAGUAAAGAAGCUGCUAAAGUAGCUUUCCAGGAGAGACAUGAUGGUGGCUUCAUCUAGGGCGGGUAACAGAAGAGACCAGAAGAGUUGUAUUUUGACUGAUUUUUGGACCACAGUUGCUGAUGGAAUUGGAUUUGCACCUGACCCAGGACUUGGAGAAGCUGAAGGAGGAGAUACAGAGGGAGCUGGAGAAGCCAAGGGCACAGCUGCUGCCCCCCUCCUACAAGAAAUAGGUAGAACAGCAGAGAAAUGGAAUCAUAAGCUGCUGAGAAGGCCUGUGGCUAACAUUUAUGGGACAGAACAAGAGAUCAAAUGGAGGCUCCAGCUAUUUUUUGUCUCACUCCGACUCCGUCCUGUGCCUUGAGAGCUCCCCCAUGGUGGCAUCCUAAACUCCUCCCUGAGUGGAGGAGGGCAAGGGAGCCAGGACACAAAGUGAAGGGAGGAAGGAUGGAGUGACUCUGGAGGGACAAGUGGAAGAUACUCAGCACAACCAACACUACGUAACAUAUCAGGCAGAAUUUGAUCAAAAGAGGAUGCCCUGUGGACCCAGACAAACCUGAUUUCACAUCCUGGAUCUAUAAGUAUCAGGAGCUAGGCCAGUAUAAAAUGAGAGGACACCCGGCCGCCCCGCCCGCCAGCUGCAGCCCCUACCUGGCACCUUGGUCACUCCACCCGCUGGAUCCCAGAGAGCCCCUAGCUCCAUUGCACCAUGUGUGGGAUUUGGGCCCUCUUUGGCAGUGAUGACUGCCUUUCUGUUCAGUGCCUGAGUGCUAUGAAGAUUGCACACAGGGGUCCAGAUGCAUUUCGCUUUGAGAAUGUCAAUGGAUACACCAACUGCUGCUUUGGAUUUCAUCGGUUGGCAGUGGUUGACCAGCUGUUUGGAAUGCAGCCAAUCCGAGUGAAGAAAUAUCCUUAUUUGUGGCUUUGUUACAAUGGUGAAAUCUACAACCACAAGAAGAUGCAACACCAUUUUGAAUUUGAAUACCAGACCAAAGUGGAUGGUGAGAUAAUCCUUCAUCUUUACGACAAAGGAGGAAUUGAGCAAACAGUUUGCAUGUUGGAUGGGGUGUUUGCAUUUAUUUUGCUGGAUACUGCCAAUAAGAAAGUGUUCCUGGGCAGAGAUACUUAUGGAGUCAGGCCUUUGUUUAAAGCCAUGACGGAAGAUGGAUUUUUGGCUGUGUGUUCAGAAGCUAAAGGUCUUGUUAACUUGAAGCACUCCACAACUCCUUUUUUAAAAGUGGAGCCUUUUCUCCCAGGACACUAUGAAGUUUUGGAUUUAAAGCCGAAUGGCAAAGUUGCAUCAGUGGAAAUGGUCAAAUAUCAUCACUGUAGAGAUGAGCCCCUGCAUGCGCUCUAUGACAAUGUGGAGAAACUCUUCCCAGGUUUUGAGCUAGAAACUGUGAAGAACAACCUCCGGAUCCUUUUUGACAACGCCAUAAAGAAACGCUUAAUGACAGACAGAAGGAUUGGCUGCCUUUUAUCAGGGGGCUUAGAUUCCAGUUUGGUUGCUGCCACCCUGUUGAAGCAGCUAAAAGAGGCUCAAGUACAGUACCCUCUCCAGACAUUUGCGAUUGGCAUGGAAGACAGUACUGAUUUACUCGCUGCUAGAAAGGUGGCAAAUCACAUUGGAAGUGAACACCAUGAAGUCCUCUUUAAUUCUGAGGAAGGCAUUCAGGUCCUGGAUGAAGUCAUAUUUUCCUUGGAAACUUAUGAUAUUACAACAGUACGUGCUUCAGUAGGUAUGUAUUAGUCUCCAAGUAAUAUUCGGAAGAACACAGAUAUAGUGGUGAUCUUCUCUGGAGAAGGUUCAGAUGAGCUUACGCAGGGUUACAUAUAUUUUCACAAGGCUCCUUCUCCUGAAAAAGCCGAGGAGGAAAGCGAGAGGCUUCUGAAGGAACUCUACUUGUUCGACGUUCUCCGGGCAGAUCGCACUACUGCUGCCCACGGCCUUGAAUUGCGCGUCCCUUUCCUGGAUCAUCGAUUUUCUUCCUAUUACUUGUCUCUGCCCCCAGAUAUGAGAACUCCCAAGAAUGGGAUAGAAAAACAUCUCCUGAGAGAGACAUUUGAGGACUCCAAUCUAAUACCUAAAGACAUUCUCUGGCGGCCAAAAGAAGCAUUCAGUGAUGGAAUAACCUCGGUUAAGAAUUCCUGGUUUAGGAUUUUACAGGAAUAUGUUGAACAUCAGGUUGAUGAUACAAUGAUGGCGACUGCAGCCCAAAAAUUUCCCUUCAAUACUCCUAAAACUAAGGAAGGCUAUUACUACCGUCAAAUCUUUGAACGCCACUACCCAGGCCGGGCAGACUGGCACCAUUACUGGAUGCCCAAGUGGAUCAAUGCCACGGACCCUUCUGCCCGCACUCUGGCCCAUUACAAGUCAGCCGCCAAAGCCUAG